UAGAUCACACAAAGUAUUUUGUUGCACUGCUGCCUUUUUAAUGUUUUCUAGUCUAUUUUUAUGUGAAGCGAAACUAAAAAAAUGAGAAGAACUUAAAUGUGCACGCGAUUGAUAAAUACAUAAUUGAGUUGUGCUCUCAACUAAUAAAAUAACAGUUGGCGUACGAUUAUGGUUUAAUAGUCUUUAAGCAAAGUUCGCAGCGAAAAUAAUUUCGGCGCCCCCCGUUUGCGACGUGUAUUGGGGCGCGGCGCUCUAUUGAAAAACUAAAACGAAUAUUGCAAAGUAGUAUUUUCAUAAUAUUUUGGCUUGCGAUUGAAUCGACAGACAUCUAUAAUGGCCGAGAGACCAAAAAAUUUGUUUGCAACUGGACCGAGUCGGUCACGCAUUCCACCUGAUCAGCUCAAUUUGAACAAUCUUAGCAUUCGACACCCGCCAUCGUCUACUUCGUCAACAUCUUCGGGUUCGACAUCUUCAGGCUCAAGUUCCUCAUCGCAGCAAAACAAUGUUACGUUACGUUUUGGAGCCCAGCCCAGUUUUGUGCCCGCAGUUCCAGUACCCAGCAGCAGCAGCAGCUGCAGCGGAGGCGGCAAUACAGUUGCAACUGUUGGAAGUGGUGGCAUCAGCAGCACUGCAACGGAUCGUCAUAGGGAACGCAUCAGGCAACAGGCAUGUGGCAAGCUGCAGUUUGGUGAAGGAGCCGCAAACACACAUCACUUCACAUCAGAUGAUCUCGAAGAUUUGGGCGAGAUUGGUCGUGGUGCCUUUGGCGCGGUCAACAAGAUGAUUUUUAAGAAAUUGGACAAGGUGAUGGCAGUGAAGCGCAUACGCUCGACUGUCGAUGAAAAGGAGCAGAAGCAAUUGCUAAUGGAUCUCGAGGUAGUCAUGAAGUCCAACGAGUGCAUCUACAUUGUGCAGUUUUACGGUGCGCUUUUCAAGGAAGGUGAUUGCUGGAUAUGCAUGGAAUUAAUGGACACCUCUCUUGACAAGUUCUACAAGUACAUAUUCGAGAAAAAGCAGCGGCAUAUUCCCGAGUCCAUACUUGCCAAAAUCACAGUGGCUACGGUGAAUGCUCUCAAUUAUCUAAAGGAAGAGCUGAAGAUCAUACAUCGUGAUGUAAAGCCGAGCAAUAUUCUAUUGCAUAGGCGUGGUGACAUUAAACUAUGUGAUUUUGGCAUCUCUGGGCAGCUAGUAGAUUCGAUAGCCAAAACUAAGGACGCGGGUUGCAGGCCGUAUAUGGCGCCAGAGCGUAUUGAUCCCGAGCGCGCCAAGGGUUACGAUGUUCGCAGCGAUGUUUGGUCCUUGGGUAUAACACUAAUGGAAGUGGCAACUGGCACUUUUCCUUAUCGCAAGUGGGGUUCAGUAUUCGAACAGCUAUGCCAGGUUGUCCAAGGCGAUCCGCCACGUUUGCAUACAUCAUAUAAUGGCAUGGAGUUCUCUCAGGAGUUUGUGGAGUUUGUUAACACUUGCUUAAUAAAGAAGGAAAGUGACAGACCCAAGUACAACCGGUUGUUGCAGAUGCCAUUUAUACGGCGUGGUGAGAAUAGCCAUACAGAUGUUGCUGCCUAUGUGGCAGAUGUGCUGGAGUCUAUGGAAAGCGAUGGUAUCACGCAAUUUACAACCAAUCAGCCAGCGGAAAGUUAAUCUAAAACGAGUCAUAAAGCAACUGCAGUAGCAAACAAAAAGCAACACUAAAAUAAAAAAUAAAAGAAGAUAAAAAGGAAAACUAGUAUAUUGUUGUCUACUUUGUAGCAUUCGUAGUGAACGUAGCGCGUAUUUUGUUAAAACAAAGAAAAAAAAAGCUAAAGAAAAAAAAAGAAAAGAAAAGAUUAUGAAAAUUAUUUGUAUUUUGUGAAGAAAACUGUAAGUUAAAACGCGUUAAAAUGAUUAUAUAAACUGUGCCCAAGUCGGUAUUGUGUAUUAUGUUUUCUGUCAACGGUGUAGAAUUGCCUUUUUGGUUUUAAAUUGAUUGUUUAUAAUUGUUAAAAAAUAAAAGAAAAGCAACAGCUAUAAAAGAACGACAACUAACAUUGAUGAUACAUGAAAACUGAAAGCAAUAUUUGUAAACAUUUUUACACGGAAUGCGAAUGGAAAUGAAAAUGUUAACUAAACACCAAUUUAAAAUAGCCAUAAAACCAUAAACAACAAAAAGUUUCUGCUUCAUUUAAAAUCCAUUUUGUAACAAUCUUUCUUGCUUAUUGAAGUUAAGUAAAAAGCUUUAAACAUUUGCCAAGUGGCUGAAUUUUUUUGAAUUUGUAGCAGAAAUUAUUAAAUGCGAAAUACAAAAUUAAUCCAAUGAUAUGUAAUAAUAUUAAUUAUAAUAAUAAUCAACAAUACAUUAAUAAUACCCAGACACACUGACAGCUACACACGUUUUUAUGCGUAGUAUUUAGUUGAUAAGCCAUAAUGAAUAUUUAGCAAAAACAAAUAAAUGUAUUGUGCCUAAGUAUAAACAAAUUGAUAAACAAUUUAAUAAAUACACAUGAAAAGUCACAAUAAAAAUGUAAAGUGAAUAAAUGAAUACAAAUUAAGGCAAUUAGUUUAUGUAGUAAGCCUUAGCCAAGCUUUUAUACACACAUACACCUAGGCCAUGCCACUUUCUCACACCCACAUCCACACGCACACACACACACACUAACACAAAGACACGAAUGCAAUUGCACCGUCUAAGCUCCCGUCUAAAGCAAAAAAAAAGAAUAUAAAUAAUCCAUGCCAAUGUCGUUUCGAUUAAUAUUUAUGCAAGCGCUAUUGUGAAAGUAAAAGCAAAUGUUUAUUUUUUGUAUACGUAUACAUGCAUAUAUAUUUAUACAACAUAAAAGAUAAAACCAGAGCAGCAACAACAACAACACAUGCCACACUGCGUCCAUAAAAAUGUAAUCUUUUACCGCACAAAGGCGUCACCAAGAAAAGAUUUUAUUUGGUUGUCCUUUGAAUUUGUUGCAUAGCUUAAAAAAUUAUUUAAAUACUGAACUGUUUUCGAAUAAGUCAUGCAAAUAACAACAAAGGGCAGAUGUAUUCAACUUUACUCAGGCACGCAAAAUACAAAAUAUUACAAUGGAAUCUAGCUGGGCGUUGUCUUUAUACACUUGCGAGAGUUUUUAAUGCCAGUAUCAAAUUGGAUAUGAUUCUUAAAGUUGUAAUCCGAUGGUUUGAUUAACGAUCUAAUCAAUGUAAAGCGUAUGCAUAAUGCCAUGGUUUGAAUAUGUUGCUACUGAGAUAGUUACAAAAUUAAAUUACUAAUAUAAUACUAUUUUAUUAAUAAUAGGAUGCUAUAGGAAGGGUAUAAAAAAUAUUUAUAUGUAUAGUAUCCAGCAAAUAUAGAAGGAAUAUAAAUAUUAAACUAACAAUUGCAAUUAAGAAGCAUAUUGUACAUCUAAAGGAAAGAUGAGAGGUAAACAAUCGUGGGAUUACAAGUCGUCAUAUUUUUUGACAAUAAGCCGUGUAUAAUUUUUUUUAAAGGGGAAGGAGAAUAUGUAACUUGUAUAUAGGGAUACUACCGAUACAGAUACGAUAUUAGAUAACGGAUAUUAGUAGCAUAUACAUACCUACACAAAUAUAUGUAGCAUAUACGAUAUACAAUUUGAAUGUAUCCAACUGCAAGACGAAUCCUAGUCAAAACUCAAUCACUUAACCCAUUAAUCGGCUUCCAAUAAAUCCCAAAUGGCCUUUAAUUAUAACAAUUCUGAAAGCUGACGUCCACAAAAUUAAGAAAUAUUCUUGAUCUCUUUGAUGAAUAUACAUUCAUUCACACAUAUACUUGGCUAAUAUCCCUACACACAGUAGAGGCGAGGAUGUAAGUCGAUAACUAUAUACAUAUAUGGUAAAAUCCUAACUUUAGCGUUUGCUAUAUAGAUCAAGAUAAGAGUGAACUCAGACCUCUCGAGAACCUACUACAUAAGAAUUUUCUCGCACUGUCCUAAGUUUAAGCAAAGUAACUAACUACGAUAUUAAAAGAUACUCUCAGCAUACAUUCUAAUUUGUAACACUUUCCCGGCAAAGCAGAAACAGUGAAGAAAAAAACAAACAAACAAAGAGAACAAAAUAUACAAUAAGAAUUCAAUUAACAUCAUAAAUAAAUAACUAAAAACCUACAGGUGUGCAAGAAUGAUAAUAUUGUUGAAAUCAAUUUGAGGAAUUUGAUGAAUUUGUAAAAA